GCAGAUAGAAGCGAGAGAAUGAUUUCUGGAGUGAACAGGAGAGAGCGGGAGAAAGAGAAAGAACGCAUUCGCGAUGAGGGAGGGAGAAAGAGAGACAGAGAGAGAAUCUGAAGAGAGAAAUCGACAGUGGAUCCGCGUUAGCUACCGAGGGAUGAAAGGCAGCAAACUCCGCGAGGCUAGUGGCGCACGAGAAUACCUCGCGCUUUCGUAUCUGCCAGAGAACGUUGACGACGUCAACGUCGACGACGAGGACGAUAACGUGGACGAGAACGAGGAGUGAUGCUGACAAUGAGCAACGAUCAAUGACGAGCUCGUGACAACGCGUUCGGGGUCGCAAAUUCGACCGCGUCUCGAGAAGCGGUAACGCCGGGUCCUGUGAACGCUGAUAACAGUGAACCCCCGUGUACGCUAAUAACGGCGGGCCGAUAUUCGAAAAAUCGAUCCUGCCCUGCGAUCGAUUUCGAGUUAUGAUAAUGGACCCAAGUGCGCGUUAGCGAUAACUCUAGUCGAUAACGUGAUAAUCAGUGUAAUAUUCCGAUAUUUUCAUCAAAUUGACAAUGAAAUCGUCGCCCGCAUCGUGAUUUUCGUCGGAUGCAUCAGGGUGCGUAGAGUGAGUACGCGUGGGACUGGCAUACGAGGAUUACGAGGGUCAAGGGCGGCAAGGAGAGUCGUACAGGGUCUUCCCUUUUAUCUGCGAUUUUAGAACGACGGCGGCGGCGGCGAGCCGGUUACGGGGAUGUCGAGGGGAUGCGAGGAUAUCGCGAGAUGACGUUCUCCUCCGCGCUCGUCAUUAACUGACGUAAUCUCGAUCGGAUAACGAAGACGAUUGGCAGGAUGCUGCUGCGCGGGCUGCCGUUGAUCGUCUUCCUCCUCGUGCAGCUGCGUCACCGUGUCAUCUGGGCUUCCCUAGAGAGUAUCGGGAUGUCCGAUAGACUGGAGAACGUUACGCAGACGAUUUCGAGGAUACUCGACGGCUAUGAUAUUCGAUUAAGGCCAAACUUUGGUGGUGAUCCAUUAUUAGUCGGGAUGGAUCUCACCAUUGCAAGUUUCGAUGCGAUCUCAGAAGUCAAUAUGGAUUAUACGAUAACGAUGUACUUAAAUCAAUACUGGAAGGACGAGAGACUCGCUUUUUCGCAUGAGGACGAAGUCUUGACGUUAAGCGGUGAUUUCGCGGAAAAGAUUUGGGUCCCGGAUACGUUUUUCGCAAACGAUAAAAACAGCUUUCUGCAUGACGUCACCGAGCGCAACAAACUCGUCAGAUUAUCGGGUGACGGUUCGGUCACAUACGGCAUGAGAUUCACAACAACGUUAGCCUGCAUGAUGGAUCUGCAUUAUUAUCCUCUCGAUUCACAGAAUUGCACCGUCGAAAUCGAGAGUUAUGGCUAUACAGUUCUCGACGUAGUAAUGUACUGGAAAGAAACUCCCGUUCGCGGAGUCGAGGAAGCGGAAUUGCCACAAUUUACGAUAAUCGGCUACGAGACCAACGAUCGAAAGGAGAAGUUGGCAACAGGCAUCUAUCAGAGACUCUCGCUGAGCUUUAAAUUACAAAGGAACAUCGGUUAUUUCGUUUUUCAGACAUACCUGCCGAGUAUACUGAUCGUGAUGCUUAGCUGGGUCAGCUUCUGGAUCAAUCAUGAAGCUACUAGCGCAAGAGUAGCUCUCGGUAAAAUUGGGAUAAAAUUCCGUUUUUAUUAA